AUGCAAAAACAAGAGAAACAUAAGCUGUCAGUGGCGCCCCUCAAAAGUUUCUCAGAUUGUGCCCUGGGAGACCAGAGCACGAAGAGUACUGAGGAGGAUCCUGAAAUUGUGAUUUUUCCUGAAUUUUCUAUUUCCAUUAAUCCCAGAACUACUAUGAAUGCUACUGAAGAUGAAAAUUCUUGAUGUAAGGAAAGAUGCCACUCAUUUGCUCUUGAUAAUUUACCGAAGAAAUCUUUGCAUGCCAGGAAGAAAGCAGGAAGAGAGAUUAAACUGGCUACUUAUGGCAAUCACAAAUCUCUCUACUGAAACAAUAUGAAGCUGAACUUGAGAAAUCACAAGCCAAAAUAAAUUAGAGUUUUGGAACUCGAGACUCCGCAAAUUAGCUGGUGUCAGGACACGAAAACCAGACAAGAUUUCUAUCAAAGGACAUGAUCCCCGGUUGGUACUGCAAGACAGGAACUCCAAUAGUGUUGAUCACCGCGAGAGCAAAGCUAGGAAAUAAGCCAAUGAACUUCUUCGGCAAGGCUACCACGAAUAUGGUGAAAAGUAUCAAACUUGCACAGCGAGGCGUUAUUACAAAUGUCCAGAAGGCCAGGUCUAAGACAGAGUGUAAACAGCCAGAACAAAAUAUGCCCAAAGUCUGUCAGAAAUCUAUCAAGCUGAAACGAAGGAAGAAGAGUAGGACCAAAUUUCAGAAUCUUAGGCUCCUCAAGACACAGAAGGGUCCGUUCUACUCGAAAUCAAUUUCGAUAACUCAGAAGCAGUCAAGGUAUAUCUUUGGGUCGCCCACCACAAUUCGAAGUCUCCAACCAAGUUGGCUCUCAGGGAGAAAACAAAUUUUAAGGGAAAAUAUAAAGAGCUUCUUUGGGUAAAAUAACACUCAGGGAUUUAAGUUAACAUGUUAUGAAUUUUCAACG